AAAAAUAAGGAAAGGGCAAAAGCAAAGAAUCACGCCAUAUCCAUUUUCUCUUUUUAAACCCUAAAGUUUCGGCUUCGAAUUCGAUUCAUUUCGCUCUACCCAAGCUUAGAGAACACCGAUCUAGCGGUUCAUCCAUGGCGGAAGUGGUGAGCAAGGUGGCAGGCGUUGCGUUCUCGCCGUCGAGUACGUGUUUUAGAUCGGCGGCUCGUCGGUAUAGUCAGCGUGUAGUUUGUAGUUUUCCGGUUGGAUCGGCUGCUCUUUCGCGUGCCUCCUCCGAUGUCCAGUCUUUGAAGCUCCGGUGCGGAGCUCUGAAUUCACCGAACACAGAUUUUGACGGCCGUGCUGUAGACAUCGCAACGAAGGUUUCCCAAGGAAAUGGACGGAAACAGGUUUGUUAUUCCUUCAAAAGAAUUUUGUUAAGAUUUUAUGAUUUCUUUUGGUUAUUUACUAUCUCCAACACUCAAAUCUGUGUGACUGUGUCUGGACUCUUGAGAUUUCAUUUGACAUUCAUUAUUUGAACUGUCAAUGGUUUGUUCCAAGUUAGAUCUAUACGGAAAGUUUUUAUGCUUUAGGGAAGUUGAUUUUGCAGAUCGGAAUGUUGUUGUUUAGAUUCACGGCAUAGGUUUUUACAGAUGAGCACUGGAAUCGGGAAAGCUCAAAGAUGGUGGGAGAAAGGGCUUCAACCAAACAUGAUAGAGGUGGCUGGUACUCAUUCCUUUAAAGUUUUUCUCAAAAUAUUAAUUUUAAAAAAGAAAUUAUGGAUUUAUAUUAUACGUAGUAUGACUUUCUAAAUAUAUCAUGACAACAUGGUUUCUUAUUUUCUAAACAUUUAUGUCAAUCAAACUUGGGAAAAAAUAUAGAGAUAGAGGGAGUUGAAUUUAUACAUUGAUCACAAUUCUAUAAAAAAUGUGGUUUUUAAAACUUUCACUCUUUCUUGGACUGAAACUAUCAAAAUAACAAAAGAAUGAGAAAUGAUCAAAACAGAGAAGCUCACCUGUUUCCAGUAUCAAAGGUGUGAAAAAGGUGCAGUUGGUGAAAGGAUGCAACCUUGAGAGUUUUGAGCAAUUCCACAACAUAGUACAUGCCUGACGGUACCUUUUAUCAGUCUUCUUAGUGACCUUUUAGCAAACAGGUGAUAGGCAUUGUGAUUUGUGGAGUGGAGAGUGGACGGACCGUUGCUUUUAGCCUUUUACCAGUACAGUUUGGUUAAAGAACGUAAUGGUCCGGACUUUAGCUUGGGUUUGAGUUGCAAUCUACGGAGUACUUAAUAAUAUACUCCGUAAUAUAUAAUCCUCAUUUUCAGACGAUACCAAAGGAGAUUAGAGGGACCUUAGGUGUCUGUGGGUUCAAAUUUAGGAUGAGUAGGGAGAUGUAGAGCAGGGGCUGAUCCAGGAAUGAAGAGUGGGGUGGGCUAAGUAGAAAAAAUUGUUUUUGCAAGUAAAAAGUUCAGCUUAGGGCGGUUAUGGAUUCGAGCUUUUUUCGAACUACUCGACUUCGAGCGUGGUUUAGAAUUUAAUUUAAUGACCCGAGCUUAACGAGCUUUUUUGAACUCGAACACGAGCUAGAUAUUGAGUUCGAAUAGUUAUUCAAGCCGAGUUCGAGCAUAGUCAUAUUCGGUUCGAUCCAGACUCGAGCCUGUCGAUAACUCAUAAAUUAUAGGGAUAAUUUUUAUUUAUCUUAAAAUUUAGUCAUUUUUUGUGCAAUUUUAUAAAUCUAUUUAAACACUAAAACAAGAGAAUUGAUACAUCUAUUUUAUUCAAUUCGAGUUCGGGCAUAAACAAAUAUAGACAACGGACGUAGGGGACAGAACGGCAGGUGACGAGGUGACGAUGCGACUGGGCCCCAUGCUCAUAAUUUCAAGUCUUCAUCGUUUUAUUGAGUUUAGUCCUUCUGACUUCGUGCUUUUUAGUCGCUUUGAAACAAAAGUAUAUUUCUAGAACACUAAAAAUCACAAAUAGUAGUUAUGCCUAUUCUUGUUUUGCAAAAAUUAGAACUAUAUAAUGAACUGGAUGAUAGAAAAUGCGUAAUAAUAAUAUUAAUAUAAAAAUAAUAGUAAUAAUAAUAGUACUAGUAAUAACAACAACAGAAAUAGUAUAUGACCAAAUAAGGAUAUUGGAUAAAAAGCGAAGUAGUUAUUUUAAUGAUUAUAAUUAUGUUUACAUUUUACAAUUAGAAUGCUUAUAAAAGUUACUCAUAGUGACUUGGGUAAAAAAAUAUCAAUAUUUGAUGUCAGUAAUAUAUUAGAAAAAACUCAUGAUAAUAGUAGAAGUAAUAAUAAUAAUAAUAGUAUUAAUAUAAUAGUAACAAUAAUAUAAUAAUAUAAUAUUAAUCAUAAAAUCAUGUUGUAAAAUAAUGUUGUAAACUUGUAAUAUAAAGUGCUAUCUUUGAUUGAUUGUGUGGGUGAGUGGGUGAGAUGGGAUUGCAUAGUAGACUCCCAAUGUAAUACUCCUCCAUAAUUCCGUAUGUAAAGUUUUCCUCUUCUCAAUUUUUUUCCCACACCGCCUGCAAGGAUGGUUAACCCUUCUAAUUGCCCUAUAAAUAAAUUACUCUUUGAGUUGAGUUGCCACAAGCCCAUGGUUACGCACUUACGGCUUACACACCACGUUAGCUCUUUUAGAGCUUCUUAGAAAACUUUCUAUUAAGUUUGGGCUGGGCUGAAUAUCAGUUUUGGGACGGGCUGGAAAUUAAGUCUCUUUCUAUACUAAUAAAAAUAUGUUAGGCUAGGCUGGGCUAAAGCCCACCCUUGCCCCUACAUGGAUCCGUCCAUGAAUGUAGAGGGAUAAAACUCCAUGAUACUACCUCCAUCCAAAAGAUUGAGACGAGAGAAAGUGAUACGAUUAUUAAGAAAAGUAGGUUUGUGUGUUUGAUAUUAAAUUGAUAAAGUAAGAAUAAAGUUAGAAUGAUUUAGAACCACACAAUUUUUAUCAAAUAUGAUAUUGGACAAUCUUAGUGGACUUUCUAAAAAGGUAAAAUGAGACAAUCUUAGCGGGACUUCAUGAACUCAUAUAAAGUUCAAUAAAAAAAUUUGUACUCCCUCCAGUUUUAUUUAAUCUUCACACUUUGACUUCACACAAAAUAAGGAAAGAAAUUUGACUUUACUGUAGAAUACACUGUUGAGACACUGUUUGGCACUGUUUAGACACUGUUUGGCACUGUUUUGAUGUAGAUUUCUUAGCCAAAAAAGGAAAUAAGGAAGCGUGAAGUUUAUUUUAGACCGUCUCAAAAAGGAAAGUGUGAAGUUUAUUAAAAACCGGAAGAAGUAUUAAAUUACAUGCAUAAAAUUAGGACACAAUCCAUAGUUCAGCAAUGGUGAAUUAUAAUUUUUUUUACCUUUAUGAUGAAUACAAAUGUGUUUAUAAAAGUAAGUAUUCAUUAAAACAAGUUAAGUAAAAAAUAAACUACAUUAUUCACUGGCAUUGGAAAAUGAGGAAGUGGUAUAAUUAUUAAAAAAUGAAUUUAUUUGUUUGCUAUUAACUGAUAAAUAAAAUUGAUUUAAAAUUAUAUAAACUUUAUCAAAUUUAAUAUGAAAUAAUUUUAGUGAGACAAAAAAAAGAGAUAUAAUAAUCUUAGCGGGACAGAGUAGGAGUUUUAAUAUUUCUAUUGAAAAGUUACUUUUUAUGAAAAUGAAGAAUUUAUUUUGACACACACAAAUAAUGAAAGUUGAAAGUUCUCUUAAAGAGAAUAUUGAACAUUGAGAAAAAAGCGUUAACAUUAUAUUAAUAAUUCGUGUGCUGAUUUGGCUUAGAAUAAAUGAAGACAGACUAGAGGUUGGUUUGCAACUCCUUUUAUAAAAACACUUAUCAGCUUUUGGCUUUAAAAAACACUUAUUUUCCCAAACACUACAACUUUUAUUUUUCUCGGCUUCCGCGUCAAAAGUGCUUUUACUUUUUCUAUUACACAAAAAACACUUAUUUUAUCCAACACUACCCACUUUUACUUUUCAAAAUCACUUUUUCUCAAACACUAUCAACUUUUAUUUAAUCACUUCUCCUCAUUUCAAUAAAAAAAGCACUUUUUAAAAGCAGAAACUGUUUCAAACAGACCCCUAGGAAAGCUAGAAACACCAUUGGAUUUAGAAACAACCAUUCUUCCUAUAGCAUAAGCUACUUGAUUUGCUGAUCUCCCACACCAUGCACGUGACUUUUAGAUUGACAUCUUCACUCAAAAGAGAUUUUAUAUCAUCAAAAAAACAGACCAACUUGAGAAGCAUCUCGAUCUCCUUCAAUCCGCGAUACCACUAAGGCCGCAUCUGUUUCAACAAUAACCUGACGUCACCCAUAUCUCUCGCCAAAAAAAUAGUUUCCACUUCCAAAGCUUCUACGGAGCACUUCCACUGGAGGAUCGGAAGACCAUGAAGCUUUUGCACUCCUGCUACGAGCCUUAAUAAAAUUGCCUUCAUUGUUUCUACUUACCCACCCCCAAAUUCAGGCCAUUUUGAACCAUUGAUGAAAAAAAUAAAUGGUAUAAGAUGAGUGCGUGAGUCCAUUUUGCGCACAAAUUUCGAAGCCUUUAUUUUAAUCAUUGUCCUCUUUUUGGGUAAGGUUAGGCCGGGACCGGUUCGGUUCUUAGGCAAAAUAUGUGGAACCGUUUGAAAAUAUGAAAAUUUACUUACGGUUCGGUUCUUAUAAAUUAUUUUAUAGAAUCGAUAAGGAACCGAACCGUUCUUAACAGUUCGGUUCUUGUCAUUUAACGGUUCCUAGUCUUUGAAAAAAAUCUUACAAAUCACGACUAAGUUUUUGCUAAAAAGACAUUCAACGUUUGAAAUUACAAUACAAAUAUGUUGAACCAGUUAAAGAGAAUAAUAAUUUUAAAUAGUUUGGACCUUCCGAGUCCCGACCCGCUGAGUCUGGACAUAAUGAGAGGCCUAAGAGAACCGGUUGAAGUGAAUAAUAGUUUUAAAUUGUUAAAUAACUAAACUAAAGAGUGUAAUACAAAAAUAAAUAUACAUUAAAAUAUAUAUAUUUAUAAGAUAUAUAUUUAAUUUUAAUUAAUAUAUAUAACGGUUCCUUAAUGGUUUCUGAUACAUAUUUUUUUCAGAAACCGAGAACCGAACCGUUAAUAAAAAACAGGAACCGAAUCGUUAAGAAAUAACUAAUAAAUGUUGGAACCGAACUGAACCAGGUCAUAACGGUUCGGUUCUCCGGUUCUUGAUUCCAAAGUCCCACUCCUAGGUAUGUUACCCUUCCAUAAGGUAGGGGAUCUAAAUCCAAGUCUAACGGCCUAACCUGGAAUUAUUGGCCGCAUCAUCAUAGGUUUCGACCUAAUUACUUUCAAGUUUACUCUAUUAUCUGUUAUCAUAAAGAAGUUCUUGUAAAUAAAUAAAAUCAUCUUUUUUGUUUAGUAAAUAAAUUUUAUUUAUACUAUCUUAAAUACUUCAGUCCAAGAAAGAGUGAAAGUUUUAAAAACCACAUUUUUUAUAGAAUUGUGAUCAAUGUAUAAAUUCAACUCCCUCUAUCUCUAUAUUUUUUCCCAAGUUUGAUUGACAUAAAUGUUUAGAAAAUAAGAAACCAUGUUGUCAUGAUAUAUUUAGAAAGUCAUACUACGUAUAAUAUAAAUCCAUAAUUUCUUUUUUAAAAUUAAUAUUUUGAGAAAAACUUUAAAGGAAUGAGUAAAAUGGUUUCAUUGCUACUACUACUUAUUGAUUUCGUAGGCUUUGAGUAAUUUGUGUAGUUAAUGGAUGAAUAUUACAAAUGAGAUUAACAUUGGAUGAAUAAAAUUGAACAAGUGAACUUAAUAAACAAUACUCUAAGCUUUUCAUGGAGAAUAUAAAAAGGGUCUCGCUUAUUAAUUAAGGUAUUCAAAUAUAUAUUUAGUUAUAUAUAUAUGAGGGUUUUCAUAAAAUUAAUACUGAAAUAAUACCUAUGGACAAAAAAUGAGUACACUUACUAUGUGUAUACUGUCGUAGUGUAAGAUUGAACAAAGUCAUGGUCAUUAUAAUUAUUACCAUUGUCACAGCAUAUUAAAAAGAAUCAUUUUUAUUCAUUAUCUUAUUUGUAGUCAUAUAUUGGUUAUUAUUAUAUUUCUUCAUAUAUAGUGAUAUUUGUAGUACUACUUGAGUCUUGACACCACUAAUAUUAUAGUUUCGCUCUGCCCCAGCAGGGAAUCCUAUCAAAAGAUUUUUAUGUGCCUCAUUUGUUUCAACCGUAAAAGAAGAUUUUGCUAACAAUCACAGCAGGGAUUAUAGCAGUUUGGCAACGGGUUUAGCCUCAUUGGUUGAGGAAUCUUCAGUUAUGGGGAAUAGAAAUCCCAGUGUAUCUUUAGCUCAGAACCUGGCCAGCUUGGUUGAGGAGACCUCCACAGUUAAGGAUACAAAACAAAUGUCUAGGAUGGAGUGGAAGAGGUUUCUGGAGCGGAAAACAAAGAAGAAGGUGAAGGAACUGUACGUGAAUGGGAAGUAUAAGGACCUAAUGGUGAAACUUAUUAGUAGUCCAGAGACGUUACAGGAUGCUUAUGAUUGUAUAAGGGCGGACUGUAAUGUUGAUAUAGCCUUGGGUGGAGUUGACUUGCCAUUUGAAUCCAUGGCUGAAGAGUUAUCUUGCGGGCAUUUUGACAUAAGUGCUAACACAUAUUCUAUUGCAACUAGGGGCCCCAAGAAAGACAUACUCGUACUCCCUAAUGUGAAGCUCAAAGUUGUUCAAGAAGCUAUUAGAAUAGCACUGGAAGUUGUUUACAGACCAAACUUCUCCAAGAUCUCGCACGGGUGUAGAAGUGGAAGAAGUCAUGUGUCUGCUCUUAGAUACAUCUGCAAGGAUAUGAAGAAUGCCAACUGGUGGUUCAGGUUACCCUUGAGCAAAAAGCUUGACGACCUUGUCCUCACCAAACUCUUUUCUAUCAUGGAAGACAAGAUCGAGGACCUCAUGCUAUACGAUGUGAUUCGUACCAUGUUUGACUGCCAGGUUCUGAAUCUAGAAUUUGGUGGGUUCCCUAAAGGGCACGGUCUCCCGCAAGAGGGAAUCUUGUCUCCAAUAUUGAUGAAUAUAUAUCUUGACCUCUUAGACCGAGAAAUGUACAGAAUGUCAAUGAGGUAUGAAGCCCUUGAUGACAAAUCCGGACUGAAGGCCAAAGGAGACGGCGCACAGUCUAAACUGCGCGACUGGUUUAAGAGGCAAAUGAAUGACAGUGACUCUACUGAGGGAUAUUCUGGUAUAAGGGUACAGAGUUGUCGUUUCAUGGAUGAGAUUCUUGUCGCGGUCUCCGGUAGCAAAGAAGUUGCAGCUUGUUUGAAGUCUGAGGUUCAAGGUUUCUUGGAAAACUCUCUCCACGUGGAAGUUGAUGACAAUAUAGAUAUUCUUCCAUGUGAUGGUCCCGCUGGGAUUCGGUUCCUUGGCUGUUUGGUCAAAAGAAGCCCGAUAGAGAUUCCUGCGGUGAAAGCAGUUCACAAGUUGAAGGAAAAGGUAAAGCUAUUUGCUUCUCAGAAACAAGAGGCAUGGGGUGGGGGAACCGUUAGGAUUGGCAAGAAAUGUCUGGCCCACGCACUGAAGAAGGUUAAAGAAUCUGAGAUCAAACAUUUAGUGGACAGUAAUUCUCUUUUAAGUGAAAUUUCCUGUUACCGUAAAUCUGGAAUGAAAACUGAUCACUGGUUUAAAGUCUUACUGAAAGUCUGGAUCCAAGAUAUGAUGAAUGCAGAAAGUGUGGACUUCAUCUUAUCCAAACACAUGACAGAACCUUCCCUCCCUCAAGAUCUAAGAGAUUCCUACUAUGAGUUCCAGAACUGCGUCGACAGAUAUGUUUCUUCAGAAACAUCUGCUACUCUUGCUCUGCUCCCCAAUACAGCUUCUCCAUUUAAAACCCAAAUUUUAGCCCCCAUCAACGUCAUUAGGAAACGUUUGUAUAGAUAUGGGUUGACGAAUGCUGACGGGUUUCCUCGUACAUGCCAUGUUCUCGUUUUUCUUGACCUUAAUCACAUUAUUGAUUGGUUUUCGGGUAUAGCCGCACGACUACUCAGAUGGUAUAGCCAGUUUGACAACUUUAAUGAAAUGAAGGUUGUUGUGUGUGACCAACUAAGGAUGUCUUGCGUGAGAACACUGGCGGCCAAGUACAGAAUACAUGAGAAGGUGAUUGAGAAGAAGUUUGAUUCAGAACUGAGCAGAAUCCCCCCAAGUGAUGAUGAGUUUGAGCUGACAAAUGAAGCAUUAGCGUCCCAGACUGCAGAUAACGAUGAUUCCUUGAUGUACUGGACGGCAUACAGUGGGGCAUGCUUAGUGUCUUUGGCGAGAACGGUUAGUGGGUCCCGGCCAUGUGGCUGUUUUGUUAUGGGAUGUAAGGCUGCUGCUCCGUGUGUUUAUUCUCUUCAUGUGAUGGAAAGACAGAAGUUUCCUGGUUGGAAGACGGGGUUUUCGAGCUGUAUACAUCCAAGUUUACAUAGAAGGCGAUUCGGGCUGUGUGAUCAUCAUCUGAGAGAUCUCUUUCUAGGUCAUAUUUCACUUCAAUCUAUUGAUUUUGGUUCUUGGAGGUGAAAAUGUAUGAUAAUCAACAAAGUGUAUUCAACCGUUGUGUUUAUUAUAUUUUUAUUAUCAAGUGCAAACUUAACCAAAGCUAACACUUCGAGCCCGUUUGGUAACGCUGAAAUGGACUGGACCGGCUGAUUUUGAUGAAAUUUAUGAAGUUCUGACUAAAGUGAUUGGAUUGAUUGGUUCUAU